ACCUUUUAACUAACAACAUUGUCAUCUGGAAGCUUAAAAACGCGGGGCAGAGACGCCACAUCAGUAGUAAUGGUUACAGUUACUAGAGAUCCGGGUGGUUCCUUUUGAAAUCAGACAUAUAUUUUACCAUUUCAUUGAAACUAAUUGAUCACUUAAUAUAGCGGAAUUGAUGCACAAGUUGAUUUUCAAGAAGAAGACAGACAACACAGAGCUUGGGGAUGAUGAAAGCAUUGGUUGUGGUGUUCGUUUGUUUCGUCUUCAGGCCCGAGCCUACAGGGGCUCAGUUUCCUAGAGUGUGCUGCACGAUGGAGGGGAUCGUGUCCAAGCAGUGCUGCCCGUCUCUGGGCUCAGAUCCUGCUAACGUGUGUGGAAGUUUAUCCGGGAGAGGAAACUGCUCCAACAUCAGGGUGGACAGCAAACCCUGGGGAGGACCUUAUCGACUGAGAGACAGAGAUGACAGAGAGAGAUGGCCGACUAAGUUUUUCAAUCAAACUUGCAGGUGCUCAGGUAACUUUGCUGGCUUUGACUGUGGCCAGUGUAAGUUUGGCUGGACAGGACCAAACUGUGACCAGAGAAAAGCUCCAGUGGUGAGGAAGAACAUCCACUCUCUGACACCAGCUGAGCUCCAGCAGUUCCUGGAUGUGUUGGACCUGGCCAAGACCACCACCCACCCAGACUAUGUCAUCGCCACGCAGCACUGGAUGGGCUUACUGGGACCCAACGGAACCCAGCCCCAGUUCACCAACAUCUCCAUCUACAACUUCUUUGUCUGGCAGCACUACUACUCUGUCAGGGACACCCUUCUUGGACCUGGCCGUCCAUACAAGGCCAUUGAUUUCUCCCAUAAGGGCCCAGCCUUCAUAACCUGGCACAGAUACCACCUCCUCAGCCUGGAGCGACAGCUGCAGCGUUUAACAGGCAACGAGAACUUUGCUGUGCCGUACUGGAACUUUGCCACAGGCCAGAGUGAGUGUGACGUCUGCACAGACUCUCUCCUGGGGGGGCCGAACCCAGAAAACCCCUCCCUCAUCAGCAACCAGUCCAGGUUCUCCAACUGGGGGGUGGUGUGUAACAGUCCAGACGAGUACAAUGAACUGGUGACUCUGUGUAACGGGACCAAGGAGGGCUCCAUCAGGAGAGGUGUGGUGGAGAAGAACAACAUGAGUCUGCCCACCAUGAAUGAUGUGAGGAGCUGCCUCUCCCUCAGGGACUUUGACAGCCCUCCCUACUUCACCAACUCCACAUUCAGCUUCAGGAAUGCUCUUGAAGGUUAUGACAAACCAGAUGGAGAGCUUGCCUCAUCGGUGGACAACCUGCACAAUCUGGUCCACUCCUUCCUCAAUGGGACCAGUGGUCUGGCCCACUCUGCUGCCAAUGACCCCAUCUUCCUGGUGCUCCAUGCAUUCACGGAUGCCAUCUUUGAUGAGUGGAUGAAGAGGUUUGUUCCUACAAACUCCACCUACCCAGAUGAGAUGGCUCCUAUUGGCCACAACAGAGAUUUCAACAUGGUGCCCUUCUUCCCUCCAAUCACCAAUGAGGAGAUCUACGUGGCGGCUGAACAACUGGGCUACUCCUAUGCCAUUGCAUUGGAAGAAACAGACAACGGUUUUGAUGUGCUCGUUUUGGGAUCUACAUUGGGAGGAGUUUUUAUAGACACAUUCCAUUGGACGUCCUCCUGGAAUGUCCGCUGUAAUCCUGUCAGGAUUUUGUCAGCAUCAGCAGCCAUCACAUGGAAGGCCACAAAGCCAUUUUCAAUGGGGAGGAGAAAGACUACGCACUCAGGAUAAAGCACAUGACAUGAGAUGAGUGCGCACCAGCGCAGCAUGUAUCAUAUGCCUUUGUUGCCAUGAAACAAAAAGGUCAUUGGUUGCUUUGAAUGAUUUGUGAUUUUCUUCAAGUAGAACACGAGAGUAAUCCCCUAUAGCACCCAGUGUUAGCUAUUGGUUUAGAACGUCCUCCUUAGGCAAACAUGCAAAUGAGUUUGAAGAGUAUUACAGUCUAUGUACAACAGUCUGAAGUGAAUGAUUAAGUUGUGGUCUGUGCCCCUCAACGUCCCAGGAGUGAACUUGUAUCUUGUGAGCAAAUGUAUCUGUAGAACCAGUGCUUUUGUGUAACUUUGUGUUAUUGAUUAAAAUCAAUUACAGUUAAAGUAUUAGUUCAAAUAGUCAACAAU